GAGGACGCGGGUCGAUCAGUUUCUUCCACUUGUACAACGGAUUCAAGCGGUUUUCGGCCUCGCCAUGGAACCCAUCAAAGCGUCCUUCUUCUUCUUCGUCUUCUUCCUCGCGGUCACCCUCGCCGGCUCAGCCCAAGACGACGCCAAGCUCACGACGAUUCAACUCAUUACGAAAUACGGUUAUCCGGCAGAGAGCCACAAGGUAAUGACUGAAGACGGCUACUACCUCACGAUGCAUAGGAUACCUUACGGUCGAAAGGCCAACGCAAAGACCAAACGUCCCGUUGUCUUCCUUCAGCACUGUAUCAUGUGCAGCUCCGCCGUAUUCGUCCUGACCGGCCCUGGGAAGGGUCUCGGUUUCAUCCUGGCCGACAAGGGUUACGACGUCUGGAUGGGCAACGCUAGAGGUACAAAGUAUUCAAAAGGACAUCGCAAUCGUCACAUGAGAAGCGCCAGAUACUGGGAAUUUAGCUGGCACGAAAUGGGAGUGUACGAUCUCCCUGCGGAAAUAGACUACGUGAUCAGCCAUACCAACCAGUCCAAAAUCUUUUAUACCGGUCACUCCAUGGGUACGACUAUGAUGUUCGUCCUCUUAUCCGAGAAACCAGAAUACAAUUCUAAAAUCAGAUUGUUCGUCGCUCUAUCUCCGGUGGCGUACAUGUCGCACAUGAGGAGCUUGGUCUUCAGGAUCGUCUACGGCCCUCUAGCUUCCUUGAUGAAAACCUUCGGCUUUCAAGAGUUCGUCCCUCACAACGGUAUCAUCUCGGUCAUGUCGAGGAUCAUGUGCGAGAACAAGGCGAUGUCUUCCCUAAUCUGCACAAACGCGAUGUUCCUCAUUUCCGGUUACGACUCCGAACAAAUGAACGUGACUAUGCUCCCUGUAAUCGUGGGCCACAUCCCGGCGGGAACUUCUAUCUCCAGUUUGGUCCACUACGGGCAAAACAUGAUCAAUGGCGAUUUCAGGAAAUUCGAUGUAGGAAAGACCAUGAACAGAAGACGGUACGGUUCCGCUGUUCCUCCUAGCUAUAACAUUUCGAAGAUCACGGCCCCUGUAGCUUUCUACAGGGGGAACAACGAUUGGCUUUCCGAUCCUGUGGACGUACAGAGGCUCAGCGACCAGAUACCGAAUUUGGUACAUAAUUACAACGUCCCCCUGCCCGCCUUCAACCACAUGGAUUUCCUUUUUGCUAAAGAUGCCUAUAAAUUGCUCUACAAAAACGUCUUAGAAAUUUUGAAAAAAUUUUGAUUUAGCAUUUGUACAAAUUUUGAAAAAAAAAAUUCUAUUUAACGAGAUUGUGAUCUCUGGCUGUGAUUAUUAUAUAUUGACGCGUUAUAGCGUGUUUAAAAAAAAUAUUAUUAUUAAAUAUUAUUAUUUAGUGAUUCCUAGUGUACUUUUAUUUCACGCCAAUCAGAAAUUGAAAAAAUUUAUUUUUACUCUCAUUUUUAAACCAUUUUCUGAAGACCUGAUUUAAAAAAAAAAAAAUCCAUUUAAUCAUAGCCAUUAAGAUAUUUAUUUUACAAAAUCAUAAGCCAACGUAUAAAACCAAAAUAGUUGUGUAGUGAAAUGAAAGUAGAUUUUGGAGAAAUUAUGUUCAUGUUUGUCGUACUUUCAUACUUUUAUUUAAAACUUAUAUGUGUACUGUAUGUGUGUGUGAUUUUGGACUUAAAUCCUUACUUGACUGCUUGAUUUGCGAAUUUAGUAUGAUGAGGUUUUUUGUAUAAUAAGUGAAAAUGUUUAAAAUUACCAGGUCUUUUUAUUUUAAUGUAACAGACAUCUCCUCAGUA